CUUCUUCUUUACUCUUCUUUGCCUUUCAUUGCUCGCUUGGGAAUUACACUUUUUACGGAAUUACGCCCCUUUUUUAAUUGGCUUUCUCGCGGUCUUUGCGGAGGUUUGGGCUUUUGUUGAUUUGCUGGCGUCAUCUCCCGAACGCUUCAGCCUUUGCAUACCUUUGGGAAUUGCUGGAUGAGGGAGCUGCCUGACGGCCGUCGGUAAACAUGGCGCCUCUUCCGAUUAAAUUUACGGAACUACUUCAGUUGACGAACCUCGAUAUUGUGCCCGCAUCUAUCGGAUUCAAUUCAUGUACCCUUGAAUCCGAUUCAUUCGUGUGCGUUCGUCAAAAGUUACCCGAAAGUGACAAAACGCAAGUCAUUAUCAUCAACCUCAAGAAUAAUAAUGAAGUCGUUCGUCGGCCCAUCAACGCCGAUAAUGCUAUCAUGCAUUGGAACCGAAACAUCAUCGCCCUCAAGGCCCAGGGUAGAACCGUUCAAGUCUUUGACCUCCAGGCGAAGGAGAAAUUGAAAUCCGCCGUGCUCACCGAGGAUGUUGUGUAUUGGAAAUGGUUCAGCGAGACGAGUUUGGGCCUGGUAACAGAGGCUGCGGUUUACCAUUGGAACGUCUUCGAUCCGUCUCAGCAUGCGCCUAUAAAGAUGUUUGACCGCAUCGCUAAUCUAAACGGAUGCCAAAUCAUCAGCUACAAAGUCAACGAAGAUCAGAAAUGGAUGGCUGUCGUCGGUAUCAGCCAGCAGCAAGGACGCAUUGUUGGAACGAUGCAGCUUCACUCCGUCGAGCGUGGUAUUUCACAGCACAUUGAAGGCCAUGCCGCCGCUUUCGCAUCCAUCUCUGUCGAAGGCUCCCCCUUGCCGCACAAGCUUUUCACGUUUGCUGUUCGCACUCAAACCGGAGCAAAACUGCAGAUCGCGGAGAUCGAUCACCAAGAACCUAAUCCGAAGUUUGCGAAGAAGGCUGUGGAGAUCUACUUCCCACCAGAGGCGACCAAUGAUUUCCCGGUCGCGAUGCAGGUUUCGAAGAAAUAUGACAUUGUAUAUCUCGUCACAAAAUUCGGCUUCAUUCAUCUAUAUGACCUAGAAACCGGCACGUGCAUUUUCAUGAACCGCAUCUCAAGCGAGACGAUCUUCGUUACGACUCCAGACUCGGAAUCCACGGGUCUGGUCGGGGUCAACCGCAAGGGUCAAGUCCUAUCCGUCAGCGUUGACGAGAGCACCAUCAUUCCUUACCUCCUCGAUAAUCCAGCCAACACAUCGCUUGCUGUUAAGCUGGCUGCUAAGGGAGGCCUUCCAGGUGCAGAUAAUCUUCUCCAGAGACAAUUCGAGACGCUCCUUUCCCAGCAGAACUAUAUAGAGGCUGCAAAGGUUGCGGCAAACUCACCACGUGGCUUCCUCCGUACCCCGGAGACCAUUAACCGCCUCAAGAGCGCUCCUCAGAGUGCACAAGGAAUGUCCGUCAUUCUCCAGUAUUUCGGCAUGCUGUUGGACAAGGGUUCGUUAAACAAGUAUGAAAGUAUUGAAUUGGUUCGACCCGUUAUGCAGCAGAGUCGAAAGCAUCUGCUCGAAAAAUGGCUUAGUGAGGACAAGCUUGAGUGUUCUGAGGAGCUGGGUGAUAUUGUGCGACCAUACGAUGUUGGCCUUGCUUUGGGGAUCUAUUUGAAGGCAAACGUCCCCCACAAAGUUGUCGCUGGGUUUGCGGAAACCGGACAGUUUGACAAGAUUAUUGCUUACUCCAAGCAAGUUGGCUUCCAGCCUGAUUAUGUCCAACUUCUCCAGCACAUCGUUCGCGUUAACCCCGAAAAGUGUGCCGAGUUCGCUGGUCAACUUGUUAGCGAGGAGAGUGGCGCCGUCGUCGAUCUCGAUCGUGUGGUUGAUGUUUUCAUAUCUCAAAAUAUGAUCCAACAAGCCACUGCUUUCUUGCUGGAUGCCCUCAAGGACAACAAGCCGGAACAUGGGCACCUCCAGACUCGCCUCCUGGAAAUGAAUCUCGUAAAUGCUCCUCAGGUUGCGGAUGCUAUUCUCGGAAAUGAAAUGUUCACCCAUUACGACAAGGCCAGGGUCUCACAACUCUGCGAAGGUGCUGGGUUGUACCAGCGAGCUUUGGAGAACACCGAGGAUCCUGCGGUCAUCAUGCGCAAUAUCGUCCGGACCGAUAAAUUAAAUCCCGACUGGCUGUCCAAUUACUUCGGGCGCUUGUCAGUUGAACAGUCCUUGGAGUGUAUGAACGAAAUGCUCAAAGUGAACCUGCGGCAGAAUCUUCAAGCCGUGGUGCAGUUGGCUACCAAGUACUCGGACCUGUUGGGCGCGACCAACUUGAUCAAUCUCCUCGAGAAAUACCGAACGGCAGAAGGCCUAUACUACUACCUUGGCAGCAUCGUCAAUUUGAGCGAAGAUCCUGACGUGCACUUCAAGUAUAUCGAAGCCGCUACCAAGAUGGGCCAGAUGACAGAGGUUGAGCGAAUCUGCCGUGAGAGCAACUACUAUAAUGCUGAGAAAGUCAAGAACUUCCUCAAGGAGGCCCGUCUCACCGAGCAGCUUCCUCUAAUUAUUGUCUGUGACAGAUUCAAUUUCAUCCACGAUUUAGUCCUUUACCUGUACCAGAAUCAGCAGUACAAUUCCAUUGAGGUAUAUGUUCAGAGAGUCAAUCCGUCUCGAACACCAGCUGUUGUGGGAGGACUUCUCGACGUCGAUUGCGAUGAGGGCAUUAUCAAGAAUCUCCUUUCAACCGUGGAUCCUUCGUCCAUUCCGAUCGAUGAGCUUGUCUCCGAGGUAGAGACCCGGAACCGCUUGAAGAUUCUCCUUCCAUUCCUUGAGAGCACUCUUGCUACCGGAAACCAGCAACAGGCAGUAUAUAACGCCCUUGCCAAGAUUUACAUUGAUAGCAACAAUAAUCCCGAGAAGUUCUUGAAGGAGAAUGAUCUCUACGAUACAUUGGUUGUCGGUAAAUAUUGCGAGAAGCGUGAUCCAAACUUGGCUUACGUUGCGUACCGAAAGGGCCAAAAUGACUUGGAGCUCAUCAACAUCACCAAUGAGAAUUCGAUGUACCGAGCCCAGGCAAGAUAUCUUCUUGAACGCGCCGACCCGGAGAUUUGGGCCUUUGUAUUAAACAGCAAUAACAUCCACCGCCGCUCUCUGGUCGAUCAAGUGAUUGCCACCGCCGUGCCAGAAUCAGCCGAGCCAGACAAGGUUUCCAUUGCCGUUAAAGCUUUCCUCGAUGCUGAUUUGCCUACAGAGCUGAUCGAGCUCUUGGAGAAGAUUAUCCUGGAGCCAUCUCCAUUCAGCGACAACAGCAGUCUGCAGAAUCUCUUGAUGCUUACGGCUGCCAAGGCGGACAAGGGCCGGUUGAUGGAUUACAUCCACCAGCUGACAGAGUUCAAUGCCGAUGAAAUCGCAAGCAUGUGUCUGUCUGUCGGCCUGUAUGAAGAAGCGUUCGAGAUCUACAAGAAGGUUGACAACCACAUCUCCGCCACAAACGUGCUUGUCGACUAUAUUGUCAGCAUUGACCGCGCGCAAGAGUACGCUGAACGUGUUGAGCUCCCAGAAGUCUGGAGCAAAGUAGCAAAGGCUCAGCUGGAUGGCCUUCGCGUUUCCGAUGCCAUUGCUUCGUAUAUCCGGGCUGGAGACCCAUCGAACUACAAUGAAGUCAUUGAGACCGCCACUCACGCCGGCAAGGACGAGGACCUCGUCGAAUUCUUGAAGAUGGCCCGAAAGACUCUCCGUGAGCCGGCUGUCGACACUGCGCUCGCCCUCUCCUAUGCCAGACUUAACCAGCUUCCUGAGCUUGAAGACUUCCUUCGCGGAGCUAACGUUGCAGACAUCGAAGCUUCUGGCGACAAGGCCUACGAAGAAGGGUAUCACGAAGCCGCCAAGAUCUUCUUCACUAGUAUCUCCAACUGGGCAAAACUCGCCACCACCCUCGUCCAUCUCGAGGAUUACCAGGCUGCGGUCGAAUGCGCUCGAAAAGGAAACAGCGUCAAGGUCUGGAAGCAGGUUAACGAGGCCUGUGUUGCCAAGAAAGAGUUCCGGCUGGCCCAGAUCUGCGGUCUCAACCUCAUCGUCCACGCGGAGGAGUUGCAGGACCUGGUGCGCCAGUAUGAGCGUAACGGAUACUUCGACGAGCUCAUCGCUUUGCUCGAGGCCGGUCUAGGCUUAGAGAGGGCACACAUGGGCAUGUUCACCGAGCUCGGCAUCGCCCUGUCGAGAUAUCACCCGGACAGAGUGAUGGAGCACCUGAAGCUUUUCUGGACACGCAUCAAUAUCCCCAAGAUGAUCCGAGCCUGCGAGGAAGCGAAUCUCUGGCCCGAGCUGGUAUUCUUGUACUGCCAUUACGACGAGUGGGAUAACGCUGCCUUGGCGAUGAUGGAGCGGGCGGCGGAUGCCUGGGAACACCACUCCUUCAAGGACAUCAUUGUGAAGGUGGCGAACCUGGAGAUCUACUACCGGGCACUAAACUUCUACCUCCAGGAACAGCCGCUGCUGCUGACGGACCUGCUGCAAGUUCUUACGCCACGGAUCGAUGUGAAUCGGGUGGUGCGCAUGUUCGAGAAGUCCGACAACAUCCCGCUGAUCAAGCCGUUCCUGCUCAACGUCCAGCCCCAGAACAAGAAAGCGGUCAACAACGCGAUCAACGAUCUGCUGAUCGAGGAAGAGGACUACAAGACGCUGCGCGACUCCGUUGAGAACCACGACAACUACGACCCGGUUGAGCUGGCGCAGAGGCUCGAGAAGCACGACCUGGUGUUCUUCCGACAGAUCGCGGCGAGCAUCUACCGCAAGAACAAGCGGUGGGAGAAGUCGAUCUCGCUGUCGAAGCAGGACAAGCUCUUCAAGGAUGCGAUCGAGACAGCGGCAAUUUCGGGCAAGACCGAGGUUGUGGAGGACCUUUUACGUUACUUUGUGGACAUCGGCAGCCGCGAGUGCUAUGUGGGCAUGCUGUACGCGUGCUACGAUCUGAUCCGGCCGGACGUGGUGCUUGAGAUGUCGUGGCGACACGGGCUGAACGACUUCACGAUGCCGUACAUGAUCAACAUGCUGAGCCAGCAGGUGCGGACGAUCGAGAUGCUGAAGAAGGACAACGAGGAGCGCAAGGCGAAGGAGGCGGCGCAGCAGAAGGAGGAGGACAACACGCCGGUGCUUGGGGGGACGAGACUGAUGCUGACGCAGGGACCGGCCAGCCCAGCAGCGCACGCGAUGCCGCUUGGAGGGCAGACAAAUGGGAUCACGCCUCAGAUGACGGGCUUCCGGCCAUUCUAAAAAAAAAAAAAAAAAAGAAAAAUUAUUAAUCAGGAGGACGAUUGGUAGUUUAUCUAGGCCGGUGGGACGGGGAAAGGGGCGCCAUGACUGCAUUUUACUUAGUUUGUGACAAUAGAUUCGAAUUUUUUUUUUUAUUUUUUCUUUGUUUCUUCGGACUUCAGGUGCUCCUUUCUACUGUUGUUGUAUGCCUUGAAUUAUGCCUUUUUUUUUUAAUUUUUGCUCCUGUAAUCCUAGCUAACGUCUUCGAGAGCUGUUUUAUUUUCCUUGUUCUUCUCGCUGGGGGAAAAUACUUUUAGUACUCCCGUAUCUUGGUGGGAAAAGGUAUUCAUUCUCCAAUGCAGGUUUUUUCACUUUAUG